AUGUCCUUGUACAAGUUCUGCAAGACCGUGGUGGAAGUGUUUGGCCCUGAGUACUUGAGGCAGCCAACUGCCGCUGAUACAGAGAGAUUGUUGGCGAUCAACGCAGCUAGAGGCUUUCCAGGUUCUCACAAUGAUAUCAACGUGCUGCAGCGUUCUCCAGUCUUCGCAAGGCUUGCAGAAGGCCACUCCCCACCUGUCAACUUUGAGAUCAACAGCCACCAGUACAAUAAGGGAUACUAUCUAGCUGAUGGUAUAUAUCCACAGUGGUCAACUUUUGUGAAGACAAUCUCGAACCCCCAAGGUGAGAAGAGAAAGAGAUUUGCCCAAAUGCAAGAGAGUGCUAGAAAGGAUGUGGAACGUGCUUUUGGUGUGCUUCAAUCCAGACGCGGUAUCGUUCGAAACCCUGCACUGUCAUGGAAUGAAGGGAAGCUUUGGGAGGUGAUGACUGCUUGUGUGAUCAUGCACAACAUGAUCGUCGAGGACGAGCGUGAUGACAGGAUCUUCGACCAAGGAUUUGAUUAUCAAGGUGAAAAUGUUGAGCCCCUGCACCAAGAACCGGCCACGUUUGAACAGUUUGUCUAA